UUCUUGGUGAUGGUGUUUGUGCAAGUUUGCUAUGCUGGUAUGAAUAUUACGUCCAAGGUUGCAUUGGAAUCAGGCAUGAACCCUUUGGUUCUUGUUGCUUACAGGCAAAUAUUUGCGACCAUGGCCAUCGGUCCCUUUAGUUAUAUAAUGGAAUGGAAAACGAUGCCAAAGAUCACGUUUCCUAUUCUUUUCCAAAUUUUCUUGUGUUCGUUGACCGGGGCAGUCGCAAACCAGGUGUUUUACUUCCUGGGAUUGAAAUACUCCAGCGCAAUAAUUGCAAGUGCGCUAUCAAAUAUCCUUCCAGCAGUCACAUUUCUCCUAGCAGUUAUUUUCAGACAAGAAUCAGCAGAAAUAAGGAAGAAAUCGGGGAUUGCUAAGAUAGUGGGGACAAUUUUAUGUGUGGGUGGGGCCAUGAUGUUGUCUUUCUACCAGGGAAAGGUAAUUGGUUUGGGUGAGCCAAACAUGAAUUGGUCAUAUCUUCAGAAAGUUAGAGAAAGUACCACUUCCAAUACCGUCAACUCUAAUCCCCUCUUAGGCCCUAUUUUCAUCAUCUUAAGUACAGUUGGUUGGGCAGCCUGGUUCAUUAUCCAAGCGGGUAUGAGUGAAAAGUUUCCAGCUCCUUACACAAGCACCACAUUGAUGUGUUUUAUGGCCACCGUAGAGUGUGGGGCCAUUGGCUUUGUCCUCGAGCACAAAAUCUCUGCAUGGUCAUUGCGGAAUGACACAAGGCUUGUUGCUUCUCUUUACGCCGGAAUAAUGGGUUCAGCAAUAGCAUUUUUUCUCACUUCAUGGAGUAUACAGAGGAAAGGCCCUCUCUAUGUGUCAGUGUUCAGCCCAUUGUUGCUCAUUAUUGUGGCUAUUCUUAGUUGGGCGCUGCUUAAGGAAAAAAUAUACAUUGGAACUGUUCUAGGAUCUACUUUCAUCAUUGCGGGUCUCUAUGCUGUUUUGUGGGGAAAGGGUAAGGAGAUGGAACGAAUACAAGAGAUCAUGACCAUUGCAGAAGAUGCAAUAAAAGCAUCAAAGGCAAAUCAUGAUAAGAUAAACGAGGACUUGGAAUUACAGAUACAGAUGAAACCUUAUGUACAGUACUGCUCAAAUGGUUGCAACCAUAUUGAUGAAGAAGCUAUUUAA